GCAAUGAGGGCGAACAAUAAUAACCCUAGAAAACAAUUUUUUUCGUGACGAACUUAUGAACUUUAGGAUAUUUAAAUUGUCAUUUUUUUCUUACCAUUAUAUAAAGGACGCAAAAUAUGGAUGGAAGUGAAGAAGAGAGAUUCAGUCAUCGUUUAAUCAAUGAUAAAAACGGUGUUCUUAAUGAUGGGAUUGAAGUCGAAGGGUUGUCAACUUGUCUAAUUGUGGCAAAUGUUCCAAGCACCGUGUUUGACAAUGCACACGAUGACCGAGAAAUGUUCGAGAAAAUAUUCAGAGAAUUUGGAGAAGCGUCUUUUAUUUAUCUGAAGAGUUUCAAGCGUAUUUUAGUCAACUAUGGUAAUUCAUUGUCGGCAGCAGUUGCUAAAAUUGCUAUGCACUUCACAGUCUUUAAAGAAAACGAAUUGAAAGUCUACUUUAAAAAGACACUCGCUGGAUCUUCGAGCUCCCUUCAGCUUCCUAAACCAGAAAAGCAUUUUCUUAUCUCGCCACCCGCAUCACCUCCAGUUGGAUGGGAACCAUUAGAGGAACCUAUACCUGUAGUAAAUUAUGAUCUUCUAUCAGCAGUUGCUGCCUUGUCAAAUGAACCCCAAGAACUGCAUGCUGAAACUGAAGAUACACCAGGCAUUGUUGUCCAUGGCUGCCCUAAUCCAGAAAAAGAAAUAAAUGUUGAAGUGGAUUUCCAUCCACUAAACAUCCUACCAAGAGGAUAUGUGCAAACAUCAAGACCACCCAUACAGUGACUGCUAUAGAAAUUAAUUAAAUGUAAAUAAUUGUACAUUUGUUAAAUAAAAAUUGCUUAUAGCCACAGGUAAAGUUGUUGAUGAGUUGAAAGUAAUUGUCAGCCAUUGUCAGAGCAUCAUGUUUGAUUGUUGUGAGUUUAUUUCAACUAGAGGUGUCUUGAAAUCUUUGGAUGUAAUUUUGUUUGUUGAUGUUUUUGUUUUACAUUUUUAAUUCUUUAUUUCAGGAAUAUGCUCUCUUUACUAACCACCAUAAUGAAGUUUUGAUUAUUAUAAACUUACGUGAUAGUAUGAAUAGAUUUGAUUAUUAUCAUGCCAUUACAAUUGUUGUAAUAAGAAAAUAAAAUGCUGCA